AUGGCUUUGUUGCGUCACGUUCCACGCCGUGCCGCUUUCUCUUCCCCGGCCCGCCGCGCUCGCCCCGGCCCGACUGAAUUCGGACGCCCGCCCGCCGCGCCCCCCUGCUCCGGCGCCCUGCCUCUGCGCAGGGCCCUGCGCGCAGACCGAGCCGCGGAGCCCGCUCCCGGCAGCCUCACAUCCCGCAGAUUGAAUCUCGCUGUGUCGCUCGGUGUCUUCUGGUUCCCGAGCCUGUCUGUGGCGACAGCGCUGAAAGAGGCAGCGACGGCCUCCCCCCUCGCGCUCGUUGCCUCCGCGGGCUGCCAGUUCUUCGUGGAGGCGCUGCGCGAGGCUUUGUCUUAC